UUGCGCUCCUGGAGAUAUACCGAGGUAUAGUUCAUUAGUAGGAAUAGCUGGUCACCUGUGCAGUAUGGGUCCAGCUCGAUAGGACGAUCCAGUAUCCCAGUUCCGAGCUGCCCAUUUAAGAUGCUGCCUCCUCCUCCUCUCCUCCAUCAUUUGAUUGAGGUUUCUAGUAGAGAGCACAGCACCACACAGAGCGAGCGAGAGAACGAGCCAGCGAAAGAGAUUAUCGAUUGGUUUCUUACAGGAGCUAAUUAGCUAGCUAGACCGAUGGCGGUGAGCGGCGGAGGAGACGACGAGAUGCUGAGGGAGGCGUUGCUGGCUGCCGGCAACGGGAACGGGAACGGGAGCUUCAGCAAGGGCGGGGAGGACCUGGAGGAGAUCCGGAGCGUGGGGUCCUUCCUGCGUCACGCGGCGGCGGAGAACCGGAAGCUCUGGUACCUGGCCGGCCCCGCCAUCUUCACGUCCAUCGCGCAGUACUCGCUCGGCGCCAUCACCCUCGUCUUCGCCGGCCACCUCACCACGCUCGAGCUCGACGCCUUCUCCACCGAGAACAACGUCAUCGCCGGCCUCGCCCUCGGCAUCACGCUGGGGAUGGGGAGCGCGCUGGAGACGCUGUGCGGGCAGGCGUACGGCGCGAAGCAGCUGCACAUGCUGGGCGUGUACCUGCAGCGGUCGUGGAUCAUCCUCACCGCCAUGGCCGUGCUCAUGCUCCCGCUCUACCUCUUCGCCACCCCGAUCCUGCGCCUCUUCCACCAGGACGCCGAGAUCGCCGACCUCGCCGGCCGCCUCGCGCUCUACAUGAUCCCGCAGCUCUUCGCCUACGCCUUCAACUUCCCCAUCCAGAAGUUCCUGCAGGCGCAGAGCAAGGUGAUGGCCAUGGCCGCCGUCUCCGCGGCCGCGCUGGCGUUCCACGUCGCGCUCAGCUGGUUCCUCGUCGGGCCCAUGCGGAUGGGGCUCGUCGGCCUCGCCGUCGCGCUCAACGCGUCCUGGUGGCUCGUCGUGCUCGGCCAGCUCGCCUACAUCCUCAUGGGCUACUGCCCCGGCGCAUGGAACGGAUUCGACUGCCUCGCCUUCUCCGACCUCGUCGGCUUCGCGCGCCUCUCCCUCGGCUCCGCCGUCAUGCUCUGCCUGGAGUUUUGGUUCUACAUGUUCCUGAUCGUCAUCGUCGGCAACCUGGAGAACGCUCAGGUCGCCGUUGCCGCAGUCUCCAUCUGCACGAACCUGUUCGGGUGGCAGAUCAUGGUGUUCUUCGGAUUCAACGCUGCCAUCAGCGUGCGGGUGUCGAACGAGCUGGGCGCCGGGCGUCCCCGCGCGGCCAAGUUGGCGAUCCUGGUGGUGCUCAUGUCGUCGGUGGCCAUCGGGCUGGCCUUCUUCGUGCUCGUCCUGGCCUUCCGCGACGUCUACGGCGCGCCGUUCACGGACAGCCCCGAGGUGGUGCGCGCCGUGGCCAGCCUGGGCGUCGUCUUCGCCUUCUCGCUGCUGCUCAACAGCGUGCAACCCGUGCUGUCGGGCGUCGCCGUCGGCGCCGGCUGGCAGUGGCUGGUGGCGUACAUCAACCUCGGCUGCUACUACCUCGUCGGCAUCCCCGUCGGGUACAUGAUCGCCUUCCCGCUGCGCGGCGGGGUGCAGGGGAUGUGGGGCGGCAUGCUCACCGGCGUCGGCCUGCAAACGCUCAUCCUGAUCGCCAUCACGCUGCGCACCAACUGGGACAAGGAGGCCAGCGAGGCGCAUUCCAGGAUACAGAAAUGGGGUGGAUCGUCGCCGGCGGCGGCCAAGGUUUCAGAUGACUGUUGAUGGGAAGAUGCCAUGCGAGCAGAAUGGCAUGGUUCAGUAAGCGCUGAAGAAUGCUUUGAUUUUUGCGUGCUUGAGAGUUCGGGCACCUUCUUGGAUUGUAUGAUUUGUAUUUGUAAAUCUCGUGCGGUGCCGGCCAGUGGUGUUUGGGCUUGGAGGUGAUCUUGGAUGUAAUGCCAAGAACGACAGGUUGUGCAACCUAUAGUACGCGCUUCUUGUUGCUCGGGCUCAAAGGGAAAUGAAUUAAUCGGAGUACAAAUUUGAUAUGA